UCUAGUCUGUGCUCGAAUCACAAAUGUCAAAAAGUCGGUCAUUGGACUGAAUCUUCUAAUUUAAUUUAUUAUUUAAUUCAGGAGUAUUACACAAAUUACUGGAACAAUUACAGAAAAUGACUCUUUAUCACUUUGGAAAUUGCCUUGCGCUAGUUUAUGCGCCCUAUCAUAUGGCCUAUAAGUAUUCUGGAAUAUCAGAAUAUGGGUCGUUCUCCAAGUGCGUGCACGCCGGAGGGCUGUACAUUUUCACUCAGUUGUGUAAAAUGCUGCUGCUGGCUACAUUCUUUCCGGACUCAGACAGUAGCAAUUUAGAAGGCGAAUAUGAUGUUUUACUGGAAAUCCUGAAAGCAACAGUGGACUUUGCAGACUUACUGGGCUUGUACCUGGCGCUCAACUCAGUGCAAGGGAAAGGACAUGCCAAGAUUCUCACGGCUGCCAUCGGCUGGGCCAGUGCUGAGGUGCUGGUGACGCGCAGCAUCAUGCUGUGGGUGGGCGCGCGCGGCUCGGAGUUCGACUGGCGCUACGUGCAGGCGAGCGCGGCGUCGUCCGUGGCGCUGGCGCAGCACGCCGCCACCGCCGCGCUCGUGUGGCUGUGGAGCCGCAGCGACCUGCCGCGCGCGCAUGCGCCCCUGGUGCUCGCGCUGCUCGCGCUCACUCCGUACAGACCGCUGCUGGAGGAGGCGGUGUCGUCGCUGCUGUCGCUGGGCGCGUGGGCGGCGCUGGGACUGCGGGCCUCGCUGGCGGCGGGCGCGGGGCUCGCGGCGCUCGGCAUGUACGCCGUGCUGGCCCAGCAGAUCGGGAUGUAGUCUGACCGUAGUCUUAGGACCGGUGUUUUGAUUCGUACUCAACCAUUAGUAAAGUCAUGUGCCAAGCAUGAUGGUUAGUAAAGUCAUGUGCACACAUUUUGUUGGUUUUUAACUAAUGGGUGCGCUUUUUGACCAAAGGAUAAGUCUACGGAUCAAAAAACUGGCCCGGCGAAACCAGUUGCCGGUACGUGCAAAAUGUAUGCAGCUGGUGGGGCCGCUAUGGUGAAAUAUAUGCCCUAUAUAGGUUCCAAGCACACAGGCCACUCGCCACAGCCACUAAAUGCCGCGUCACAGCCAGCAUAUUUACCGUAACACGUUGACGCCGGUGGAUGGCCGCCACCCGUUAGCCCGUUACAGAUGUGUAUGGACACUAUGGAUAAUAUCUCAGUGGUGGCGUAGAAUAGAAUAGAAUAUCAUUUUAUUGCACGUUAAAUAAUUUUGUCCAUUGUCAUAAUACGUAUUCACGUGGCGUGUGGCCCAUGUGUGUAGGUACACUUACGUUAUGUGUGUUUUAUACAUUGUUAUGUGUAAAUGACGUGGUAUUAUGUGGUGUGUUGAUAAUUUAUGUUUUUAAUUUACAAUAAAGUUUAUUGUGUAUACUUGAUUUGGUAGAAUGGAAA